AUGGUGCCAGCAAAGACACUGGAAAAGAAAAGCCCAAUGGGCAAGAAAAGUUUAGCGGCCAACACCACCAUCCCAAGGAACCAUUUGCAUCAGGAUGAUAUUGAAGCCCUUCCAGGUGCAGUAAUGAACUUAGAAUCUGCAGAGAAGUACCUAGCUAGUGUCCUCCUAUGCCAAGCUGACAAACUGCUCACCCUGCUGCACCUGACAGGGAUACUGUUCCAAAUCACCCAAAUGGUCAAGCCAAUCCCACUUGCUGUCACCAACACCAUCUGGGUGAUGGCCUUCAUCCUUAAACACCAGGCUGCAUCUGAAAUUGCGGAUGUUGUCGCCAAAGCUGCAGCCGAACAACUCUCCAACUCCCUUUCAACCAACAUUGUGAAUAAUGUAAUUGCAGCCAUUGCCCUGCAAGUAGCAACCAUCCACACCACUGCAGAGACCAUAAGAGAUGCAUUGGCACACUCAUUGAACCUCAGGAACUCACUUGAAUGGGAGAAGGAGGAAGAAAGGAACGACCUCAAAACAGCAGCAGAACAGAUUGAAGAUGUGGUAGACACUCUCUACGAAUCAAUCAAAGACUGCAACAACUCUUACAAGUUACUCACACCCUCUCUGGAGUUCACCCAGGACCACCUCAACAACCUCACCUCACACCUCACCCAGCACCCUGGCCCCCUGUUGCAAGCAAAACCCACCAUGCCCCCUCCCACCCAUCCCACAUAUAGUUCAGUAGCGGCCACUCACCUCCCUCCUCCAUUUGACAAGGCAGUGGCCAGGGCCUCCCUCUGUGCCAAACAGAUCCUGCUUGAUCCAAUGCUGGGCCUGUUACGAACUAGGAUAGUUGCAACAGUCAGCAGCUUGAUAAGAGCGACGGCUGACGUUGAAUCAAGGCCUUACAAAUGUAAGGCUUCUUAA